GGGCGGGCGGGCGCUUCGACCAGGAAGCCCAGCCAGCCAUCCGCCUGCUGCCCUGGCGGAAGUGCCCGAAGGGAUCCCCCUUGGAGGCUGCUGCUACUGCUGCUGCGAUGCUGCUUCCCCCGGGGGGCGAGUCUCCGCACCAGCUGCUGGGCCGGCUGCGCUUCCUGAGCGAGGCGGUGGAGUGCUUUCGCCGGGCGGAGCCGCUCCCGCCCGCGCUGUGCUUCGUGCCCCGGGAGGUGCAGUACAAGCUCUGCAAGGACGCCAGCGGGCCGGGCCUCUCCGGGGCGCUGAGCCGGAGCCUCCUCUCCGUCUGGGACAGCCCCGGCGGCGGAGGAGGCGGAGGCAAGGCCGGGAAGGGAGGCGCCCUCGGACGGGGCGCUAUAGAGCUCCGCAAGGGCUCCUGCCUCCGGGCCAGCGGCGAGGAGCACUGCAACGGGCAGGGCCUGUGGGUGAAGCUCACCAGGGAGCAGCUUGAGGAAUAUAAAACUGGCUGUGACUUGGACGAAGGCUGGAUCCUCAUGUGCAAACAUGCCGAUGGUGGAGAUAGACUGGUGCCAGUUGAAUCCACAGAGAGAAUUCAGCGGCAGCAGCAGCUUUUUGGGAUAGACUAUAAACCUGUGAUCAGAUGGGAGCAAGUGGUGGAUGUAACAUAUUCCCUUCGUCUUGGGACAAAGCCCAAAAUCAUGGAGCCGGAUGCAGCUGCUGUAGAGAGACUCCGGUUUGUACCCCCGACGUGGAGCUAUGAGUGUGAUGAAGACCUGGUGCAUUUCCUUCAUGACCACAUUGGAAAGGAGGAUGAGAAUCUGGGCAGCGUCAAGCAAUACGUGGACAGUAUUGAUGUCUCCUCCUACACAGAAGAAUUCAAUGUUUCUUGCCUGACGGACAACCAAGCUGACACCUACUGGGAGAGUGAUGGGUCCCAGGGACAGCACUGGGUUCGUCUCAACAUGAAGAAAGGGACCAUUAUUAAGAAACUCUUCCUCACAGUGGACACAACGGAUGAGAAUUUCAUGCCCAAGAGGGUGGCUGUGUAUGGUGGCGAGGGUGACAAUCUGAAGAAGCUGGGUGAACGGAGCAUUGAUGAGAGUUACAUCGGGGAUGUGUGCGUGCUUGAAGACAUGACUGCUCACUUGCCUGUAAUUGAAAUCCGCAUUGUGGAAUGCAGAGAUGAUGGAAUUGAUGUCCGGCUCCGGGGCAUCAAGAUCAAGUCAUCCCGGCAACGCGAAUUGGGGCUGAAUGCAGAUAUGUUUCAGCCAGCCAACCUAGUGAGGUAUCCUCGCCUGGAGGGGAGAGACCCCGAUGUGCUCUACCGGCGUGCUGUGGUGAUCCAGAGGUUUAUCAAGAUUUUAGAUAGUGUUCUGCAUCACCUUGUCCCUGCCUGGGAUUACUCACUUGGCACCUUCAAUCAUCUCAAGCACAUCAAGCAGUUCCUGUUGUUGUCCAAGCGGCGCACAAUGCUAAUCACUCAGUGCCUCAAGGACUCUGAGACUAGCAAGCCCAACUUCAUGCCAAGGCUGUACAUCAACCGACGGUUGGCCAUGGAGCAUCGUGACAAUCCGGCACUGGACCCUAGUUGCAAAAACACUGUGCUUGCCCAGGUGUAUGAGGGCCUGAAACCUUCAGACAAGUAUGAGAAACCACUGGAUUAUCGGUGGCCACUGCGUUAUGACCAGUGGUGGGAGUGCAAAUUCAUUGCUGAGGGUAUCAUCGAUCAAGGUGGUGGUUUCCGGGAUAGCAUUGCUGACAUGUCUGAGGAGUUGUGUCCUAGUUCAUCUGAGACCCCUGUGCCCCUGCCCUUCUUUGUGCGCACAUCCAACCAGGGCAGUGGUACUGGAGAGGCCCGCGAUAUGUAUGUCCCCAACCCCUCCUGCAAGGAGUUCACCAAAUAUGAGUGGAUUGGACAAAUCAUGGGCGCAGCUCUACGUGGCAAGGAGUUCUUGGUCCUGGCCCUGCCUGGCUUUGUCUGGAAGCAACUGACAGGGGAGGAAGUGAGCUGGAGUAAAGAUUUCCCUGCUAUUGACUCCAUGUUGGUGAAGCUUUUGGAGAUGAUGGAAGUAAUGGACAAGGAGACAUUUGAGUUCAAGUUUGGGAAUGAGUUGACCUAUACCACAGUGUUGAGCGACCAGCGCAUGGUUGAGCUGAUUCCUAAUGGCACUCGGACGGUGGUGCACUAUGAAGACCGCAUGGAUUUCAUCCGCCUGGUCCAGGAGGCACGGUUGAAUGAGAGCAAAGAGCAGAUUGCAGCCAUGCAAGCUGGACUUCUCAAAGUGGUACCUCAAGCUGUUUUGGAUCUACUCACAUGGCAGGAACUGGAGAAGAAGGUCUGUGGUGAUCCAGAGGUUACAGUUGAGGCCCUGAAGAAGCUCACUCGCUUUGAGGAUUUUGAACCACCAGACACCAGAAUCCAAUAUUUCUGGGAGGCCUUGAACAACUUUACUAAUGAGGAUCGCAGCCGCUUCCUGAGGUUUGUUACUGGAAGAAGUCGGCUUCCCGCUCGAAUUUAUAUCUAUCCUGAUAAAUUAGGCUCUGAGACCACCGAUGCCCUUCCUGAAUCAUCUACCUGCUCCAGCACACUCUUUUUGCCCAACUAUGCCUCUGCCAAGGUCUGUGAAGAGAAGUUGCGCUAUGCAGCAUAUAACUGUGUGGCCAUUGACACAGAUAUGAGUCCAUGGGAAGAGUAACAGCAAAUGGGAGAGUUUCCAUCCCAUUCUUCCACCUUUUGUAGUUGCCGCGUGCAGGAAUCUCUCACUGACAGUUUACCAUGCCCCAAGCUCCAGAAAACAUGUAUGGGGUUGGACUAGACGGCCUAUGUAAUUUCUUCCAGCUCUAUGAUUCUAUGUGUAUAUAUAUAAUAACUUACCAAAAUUGAAGCCUGUGUAGUAUAGAUAUCAUGUCAGGAGCGACUUGAAAAACUGCAAGUCGCUUCUGGUGUGAGACAAUUGGUUGUCUGCAAGGACGUUGCCCAGGGGACGCCCAGAUGUUUUGAUGUUUUACCAUCCUUGUGGGAGGCUUCUCUCAUGUCCCCACAUGGGGAGCUGGAGCUGAAAGACGGAGCUCAAUCCACUCUCCCUGGAUUUGAACCGCAGACCUCUCGGUCAGCAGUCCUGCCGACGCAAGGGUUUAACCCAUUGCACCACCGGGGGCAUCCUAGCCUGUAUAGUACUGAUAAGCAAAUGGAAGUGUCUGCAAUUUCAUAAUGACAAGUCCAGCAAAUAAAUGAUAAUUUUUUUUUUCUGACAGAUUAGAUAAUUAGAUAUGUGACUUCAAAUUUCAAUAAUUGUUGCUUUGUUUUCAUUUGAAAAAAAAACCACUCUAACAACAGAUGGA